AUGUGUCCUGAUUCUCAACCGACGAGGAUGGGGAGGGAGAAGCCUCCCCUCCCCUCCCUACCCCCUCCAUCAUCGUCAUCGUCAUCCCCCGUAAUCGAUGGUGCACUGCGAGGAAGGGGAUGGACAAGUUCCGUGGCGGGGGGCGAGGGCCGCCUUGGUUGUCGGUAACUACUGCCACGACGUCCUCUUCCGAGAUGGCCGGGUCGUCGGCGAGACCCUUGGCGGCGCCGCCUCCUUUGUCUCCAACGUUCUCGACGCCCUCUCUCCCUCCUCGCCCAACUCCCCCUCCCACCGCUACGUCGCCAGUAUGUUAAGCAAGAAUUAGAGAGGAAAACAGAGCAAUGUGAUGGCUUAUGUGGGAGACAUGUUACAGUGGAUCAGAAGUCAGGUAUGCAUGAGAAGUUCCAUGCAUCCCUUGUUGAAGCUGCAAGGUUCACAUGCACUGCCAGCUCAGCUGAGUGCAGAGAUGAUCAAGAUGACAAUUGCCAAUAGAGACUUCCAACUAAGUUUUGCUGACAGUGGUUCUAAGCUUUAAAACUAGGAUAACAAGAGAUGGAUUGAUAUUCAAUAGUCUCAAAAGCAGGAUUGCUAUCUUAUGUUGGUCCGUAUAUUUUAUUACAGAGGAAUGUUUUGAAACUACAAUAUGUAACUCAUAAAAGUUCAAAGAGUUCAGACACAUGACCUUAUUAGUAAAGGCCAUGCUCAAUAAUUUUUGUUAAAAUACUUGAUUAUGCAAUUCUGGACAAUUUCACACCCUUUUUAUUAUCGCC